AGAAGUACAAGUAGAUCUGUCUUGGUAUCGCGGCCUUACCGAUUGUUUUUGAAUAUGAUCUUGGUUUAGUGCGAUAGCUCGAGAAGACAAGCACACAAAGAAAGACGAGCACGACGCCACGUAGGCAAUCAAUGCGAUCAUGGGUUUUUUUGGAUCCGAUAAAACUGAGCGAAUCAAAUCGAAGGGGCGAGUGGCCAAACAGAAAGGGGUCGCUGCAGGGGCACUACCUCCAGGUCCAAAUUACCCGCAAUACAAGAACCCAGACCCGCAGCCGCCCAUGUGGCCGUCCUCUUCGUCUUCCAAACGGACUAGUGCGCCGCAGUCCGCCAGAAGCGCGCCCCCUGAGGACAGUGUAAUCAGUGGGGGUCAACAACUACAGCGGCAAGAACCGGUUUUCACGCAGGAGCUGAUCGGCUUGGACACGCAACUAACUGGGAUAGACGGAAACAAGCAGAACCGCUCCGUCACGGUCGACGACCCCGGCGGGCGGCCUGGGACGGAAAGCAGAUCCGGGCCGCGGUCGGGGUUCUCGCGCCGGGGUGACAGACGGGCGGACGGCAACUAUUGUUUUUGCUCCUGGCGAUGCCUGCUCGUAUCGUUUUUGGUCAUAGCGAUCGCGUUUGCGCUGCUGGUCUUGCUUGUGGAGUACUGGCAGGAGGAACACUCCCCAACGAAGCAGCCGCGGAAGAAAUCCUCCUACCGAUCCGAUGGGUCGACGAUCGGGCUGCCGCAUAUUUUCAAGUCUUCCGGGUCUGCGUUUGGAGGGAACCGUCCGUCGUUAUACCACCAGACAAACGCUAUCAAAUGUAAAAAUGUCUGGGUCUGGAAGAUUGCCAGGCUUGGUUGGUUGGUUGGUUGGGUAGCGCCUGUCGCCGGUGCAGGUCCCGCCCUCCAUCGAUUGCGAUCCGGAGUAGCCAGAACACAAGGCCCUAGUGGCACAAUCGAUCGACGAAGGUUUGUCAUGCACAUUUUGCAUGACUCCUGAUGGCCCUAGGUUUGUCAUGCACAUUUUGCAUGACUCCUGAUGUCUGUGAUGCAUGCCCUAGCAUCACAGAUUUUGUGAGGGCUUCCUGAUGCCUAUACUGCAUGACAAAUGCUCUUUCCGUGUAGCAAAACUUGGACUCUCUUUGCUGCUCAAGCAAUACAGAUUUUUUUUACAAUUCAAAAUCAGCAUGACAUUGAUUCCAGACACAGACAUUUUUACAGUUGACAAACGCAGGGGAGCAGCGAUUUCAACUGUGGGACCAGGAGGUAAGCGAGCAUGCUGAUGCUGCGCACAUGAUUUUUUGUUUGGUUGGUACACGACACGAAGAUGAGGCAUGUAAAGCAAAGGGAAAAAAAAGCAUUUAAGUACAUAGAUACUCAACAUUCACAUUAGGAGGAGCAAGAGCCGGUCGCUUCGAAACCAUUGAAGCCAGUCAAGCCUCUACUCGACGGGAGCCUUUCACUCGUUCCAGAUUACGCUUCUCUACACCCGUCACCGAUGGAUAGCGUGCGAGCAAGAAGGUUUUCGAUUCUCAAAUCCGCACAAAAUUUCUUGGAAGCGAUAGAAACUAAUCUAGCAUCCAGAAUAGCAGAUGCUUCGGAUAGUCCUGCCGCUAGUGCAAGUGCAGUAGAGCAGCCCACUGACGCCGCGACAACGAGCUCGGGCAGUGCGGCUGCUUCUUCCGGCGCGGCAGCGCCACCAGCAGCGCAGCUUGCAGCUGCUGCCCUGCCAGCACUACCUACCGUGAUCAAGUCCUACGUCGAGAAGCUGUACUCCCGCCGGUUGACGGUUGAUGUUCUCGACUACGGAAACGGUAGAAGCACUGAUAAAGCGGUGCCAGCACAUCAGUCUACUUCUGACCAGCCAAUAAGCCCACUCGCAAAUUUGCGAAUAACCUACUCCACGAGCUCCACAACGACCAGCAAGAAGCUUGCGCCGGUCGGAUUUCUCACUCUUUUCCCUAUCGGCGAGAGUCUGCGGGAAGCGGUGGAUAAACUACAACGAAGUAGCGGAGGCUCUUCAUCCUCCCAUAGCGACGACAAGCACUCCGCGAUUCCGCCUGAGCUGCUCCAUGUUGCACUGCUGGUUGGCCUUUUAGAAGUGUUCGCAGCGGAAAAACCCGCUCUGCAAAGCGACGUCGUAGUGGUUUUUAGUCCGGACAGUGCCAGUAGAGACGUUGGCGUGGACAGGAUGCUGGAAGGUAUGAUUCUUAGCUUGGUUUUUCUUGCACCAAAAGGAAAAGAGGUAAUUGCACUCCGUCGUGAGGAGAAUGAAAAGAUGACGAAGUUGUCUGAAGAUCACAUUCAAAAUCAACAAACCCCCCAGACGGCCUCCUUUCCGACCUCCGUUCUGUUCUCUACCUCCAAGGGUCCGGCGGCCAUCCAGUUUGCGGCUCCACGUCUGCGCUGUUCUGGAAACUUGGGGUUUUCGGGCAGCUCGCGGGCUCUGGGCAGCCGCAGCAGGGUAUCAACGCGCUCGAGUUGCUGACGGCGGCGCUCGACCGGUUGCAAGGGACGUUCUACCGCGAAAUGACGCAGGGAACGCAGGUGCAGGACAGGCGGCACGGGUUUGAAGUUUCGAGCACCAUGAAGCCUACACAAAUCAGCUGCGACGGAGGUGGUGACACGAUACCAGGGCACUGCACGGCGGUUGGGGACGUUCGGUUGUCUCCGUUCGUAAGGCCAGAGGAAGCGAGGAGAAAGGUACAGUACUGCACAUGUUUGAUACAAUCGGCAUGCAUUCAAAGUCAAUUAUAUCUAUGCAUGGCAUUUUGAAGAUGCGACUGCGAGUAGAGUGCCUUUCAUGUACAAAAAAAACAGCUCGAAAGCGCGGUCGCUCUCCUCAACGAGCACGUGGACCGGCUUCCCGCCCGCGGUCCGUAUUCCAAAUACUCCCUUUAUGGCACCGCCGACACGGCACCUCUGGCAAAUAAACUCGGCCGCUUGGAUUUCCACUGGAUCUUCGACCGGAGAGAAGCGGACGUGUACGAGGGUUUUGUCUGUAAUCCGCGAAGUGCUCCGCAUCGCGGUUUGAUACAGGCGACGAGGGAGCUGUAUGGUGCGUCACAUCCCCACGCGAUUGGCGGGAGUAUCCGGUACGUGCGGAUGCUACAGGAAUUCGGGCACGACGUGCAAGUGAUCGGUUUCAUAGAAACGAGCAGUAGCUCCGUGAUAGACAACCCGGAGGGUUUGCGGGUAAAUUUUCAGGUGUUGACAAAGUACUUGAGCUUGCUGGACGUGCACCAGAGGGAGGAGCCGUACGAUAAGGAAGUGAAGGUUGUAGUGCAUCAGGCUAGCACAUAAGGCACAAGCUACUUGUUCGCUCCGGUGACGACGGCUGGCGCGCACAAGAAUGUGUGUCUUCGCACCUCCCUGGUUGCGCGGCGUUGUCGCGGUGCGCCGCAAUAUGUCGGUGUGUUGCAGCAUAGUCAAAAUCAAGAUUUCGAGGCGGGCACGUCGCCGCGGAUUUUGGCAACGUACACUGUAAUAAUUGUGAAUUGUGAUAUCGUCCCUGCGUGAGCGUGCCUACAAGCAUUAAUUCGCAAUAAAAAAGGAAUCAAUCUUCAGCGGUUGCACGACACUCUUUGGCCCGGUUGCUGCCUGAGGCAGAGUGCUUUCGUCUUGCAACUCGAGAUGUUUUGAGCGACUAGCUUCUCGGUAGGAUGGACAU